GACCACACAUGCGGCUGUUGAGCCAGCUAAGGUGCUCCUCCAUGUUUCUAGCUAUCUCAUGUUCCACUCCUAUAUAUUAGGGCCUGCAAGAACUGCUCCACCACUAGCUACUUACCAUCUCUAUAUAUCUACAAAUCUAACAGCAACAUAUAUACAUAUAUAGCAUAUGGACACAUACAUGUAGCUCAAGGACUGCAGAUAAGCCGUAUUUGCGGCAGCAAGCGAAUUAAAGCAGCAGCUAGCACAGUUCGGUCGCAUCUGUCGUCGGCUAGCGAGAGGAUCGGAGAAGCCCCGGCCGCGUCGUCGUCGUCGAUCGCUCGCUCGGCCAUGACGACGUACAGGGUGUGCUGCUUCCUGCGGCGGUUCGGGGCGGCGUCCAACGAGCCGUCGGAGGCUAUCAGGGACGUGUUCCAGGCGUACGCCGACGGCGGCGGCGUGGUCGGGGAGGAGGCAGUGCGGAGGCUCCUGCGGGAGGUGCAGGGGGAGACCGACGCCGGCGCCGAGGCGGCGGCCAAGGAGGUGAUGGCGUUCGCGGCGGAGCAGACGCUGCUCAAGAAGGGCGGCCUCACCGCCGAGGGCUUCCACCGAUGGCUCUGCAGCGACGCCAACGCCGCUCUCGACCCGCGCCGUGGGGUGUACCAGGACAUGGGUUGGCCGCUGUCGCACUACUUCAUCUACACGGGCCACAACUCGUACCUGACGGGGAACCAGCUGAGCAGCGGCUGCAGCGAGAGGCCCAUCGUUAAGGCCCUCCUCGACGGCGUCAGGGUCAUCGAGCUCGACCUCUGGCCCAACUCCACCAAGGACGAGGUCGAGGUCCUUCACGGCAGGACAUGGACGUCGCCCGUGGAGCUGAACAAGUGCCUGGACGCCAUCAAGGAGCACGCCUUCGUGGCCUCCCCCUACCCCGUCAUCCUCACCCUCGAAGAUCACCUCACCCCGGACCUCCAAGCCAAAGUGGCCAAGAUGCUGAAACAGACCUUCGGGGACAUGCUGUACAUCUCGGAAUCCGAGAGCAUGGCGGAGUUCCCUUCCCCGGACGACCUCAAGGGCAAGGUCAUCAUCUCCACGAAGCCGCCCAAGGAGUACCUGCAGACCAAGAGCGGCAAGGAGGAGGCGGAGGACAGGGCCGAGGAGGAGGGCGUCUGGGGGGAGGAGAUCUCCGACGGCAAGGCCACCGCCCGGCAGAUGUCGGAGCAGGGCAGUGGCAAGUACGGCGCGGAGGAGGCCGAGGAGGAGCCGCUGGACGGCGAGGCCGAGAAGAAGGCGCGGCAGCAGGGGGCCGACAGCGAGUACAAUCGCCUCAUCGCCAUCCAGCUCACCCGGAGGAAGCACGACAUGGACCAGGACCUCAAGGUCGACCCGGACAAGGUCACGCGGCUCAGCCUGGGGGAGAAGGCGUACGAGAAGGCCAUCGUCUCCCACGGGGCUCACAUCAUCAGGUUUACGCAGAGAAACCUGCUGCGGAUUUUCCCGCGGUCAACGCGCAUCAUGUCGUCGAACUACAAUCCGUUGAUGGGGUGGAGGUACGGGGUUCAGAUGGUUGCAGCCAACAUGCAGGGACACGGGAGGAAGCUGUGGCUGACCCAAGGGAUGUUCCGAGCCAACGGCGGCUGCGGCUACGUGAAGAAGCCUGACAUCCUGAUGAACAGCGACCCUGACAAGCUUUUCGAUCCUAAAGCCGAUCUGCCGGUGAAGACGAGACUGAGGGUGACGGUGUACAUGGGGGACGGCUGGCGGUUCGAUUUCCGCAAGACGCAUUUCGACAAGUGCUCGCCGCCAGACUUCUACGCAAGGGUGGGGGUCGCCGGCGUGGCGGCGGACACGCGGAUGGAGCAGACGCGGGUGAUGAUGGACAGCUGGAUCCCGGCGUGGGACCGCGAGUUCGAGUUCCCGCUGGCGGUGCCGGAGCGGGCGCUGCUGCGGGUGGAGGUGCACGAGUCCGACAACCACCAGAAGGACGACUUCGGCGGCCAGACCUGCCUGCCGGUGUGGGAGCUCCGACCGGGGAUCCGCGCCGUCCGGCUCUGCGACCACAAGGGCCAGCCGCUGCGAUCCGUCAAGCUGCUCAUGCGCUUCGAGUUCUUCCCCUCCUCCUCCUCCUCCAACUCCAAGUAGAACCUCACUGUCGUGAUGACGACGCGCUGGAUUUUCGGAGGAUUCUUUGUUUGGUGUUUAUUCUCUGUCGCUUGUGCAUGGAAGUAGCGCGACACUGCUGCGUGUGAUACCGGACUGCGAUUGUGAUUGUGAUUAUCAUUGGUGGUGAUAAUCAACUUAAUAAAAAACAAGAGAGGCUUUUGUUCGUUUUUUGUUUGGUGUUUAUGAUGUGAUUGCAGCUGCACCUGUAUGAUGUGAUUACGAGACCGGAGUUGAGACUUGAGUUGAUAACUGGAUUAUUGGUUCAAUACA